AUGGAAGAACAGCCAGAAAAGGUCCAAAUCGCUGCCGGGCCGACUGAUAUCGCACUGGUCCAUGUGCCUAGCCAGCACAUGGAAAGUGUACCGGAAAAGUCUACGGCGACGGCGUUCUCAAGCACGCUGACCUCGACGAUCAAAAGCCUGAACGAGCGUCUCGAGGCGCUGUCCGCUUUUGAGGCCCGUGGUAUCGCCCGAGUCCCACCAGAGGAACGACAGCUUCCUUCGACUUCCAGCGACGUGCAGAUCGCACUACUGUGGUUCAGCGCCAACAUCUCAUGCAACAACCUUAUCGUCGGCCUUUAUGGCCCGAUGCUGUUCCAACUUGGGUUCCUAGACAGCGCUAUACAGUUCCUCGACCCAGUGGUUGUUCUUAGGUAUUUCUUCGGAUGGUGGCCAGCCAAGCUUCCAACCGUUCUGAACAUUAUUCUCAUGAUAGGCUACUGCUGUAUUGACGGGAUCCUUGGCGGUCAAAUCCUCUCAGCUGUCAGUGAUGGUACCGUAUCCAUUGCCGUUGGUAUUGUCAUCGUGAACUUGGUCUGUUGGGUCAUCGUACUGUUCGGCAUGAGACCCUUUCAGCAAUACGAGAGGUUUGCCUGGAUUCCCCAACUCUUGGUACUGUUCGUACUCAUCGGCUGUGCCGGGCCCGCCUUUGAUGUCUCCUCUGCUUCGGUCGGAGAUGCGGCCACUGUGGCGGCAAACAGGCUUUCAUUUCUAUCCAUGUGCCUGUACGUACCAAAUUCAUGGUCGGCAGCUGCUUCGGACUUCUUCGUCUACUAUCCGGAGACGACUGCGCCGCUCAAGGUUGCGUCUCUGACCAUUAUCGGUUUGUGGCUGGCGUUCGGUUUGGUGUACAUGAUCGGCAUCGGACUAGGUAGCGGGAUCAUGAUGAAUACCUCAUGGGCUACGGCUUUUGACACAUCUACUGGCGCUCUGGUAGAGGUCGCUUUCCGGCCACUGCAUGGCUUUGGCAAGUUCUGUGCUGUAAUAUUGGCACUGGGACUCAUCAGCAAUAGCGUUCCUGGCACAUACUCUGCUACUAUGUGUGCCCAAGUCCUUGGUAGAGCUUUCCAAGCCACCCCGCGAUGGAUCUGGAGUUCGUUUCUUCUUGGUUGGCUUGGUGCCGUGUUGGGUAUGUACCAGACAUGGUAUAUAGGACCGUUGGCAAAGCUUGCCAACCUCUCUGAUGUCGGAGUCUGGAUUGGUAUGGCAUUCACAUUGGUGUCGUUCCCCGUGCUGAGGUACUGGGAACUCUCAAAGUUUGGUCGAUGA